CCCACUGCCCGCCCGCGGGUCGGAGCGGGUGCCGGGCGCCGGCGGAGGGAGGGAGCCCCGCGCCGGAGUUGGGGGCGCCGGGCAGGCGGGCGGAGCCGAGCGCGCAGCUCGCCAUGGAGGUGGAGGAGGCGUUCCAGGCGGUGGGCGAGAUGGGCAUCUUCCAGAUGUACUUGUGCUUCCUGUUGUCCGUGCUGCUGCAGCUCUACGUGGCCACAGAAGCCAUCCUCAUCGCACUGGUCGGGGCCACGCCGUCGUACCACUGGGACCUGGCAGAGCUCCUGCCCAAUCAGAGCCAUGGCAACCAGUCGUCUGGUGAAGACCAGGCCCUUGGGCACUGGCUCCUGACGGCCAAUGGCAGCGAGAUCCACAAGCACGUGCACUUCAGCGGCAGUUUCACCUCCAUCGCCUCUGAGUGGUUUUUAAUUGCCAACCGAUCUUACAAAGUCAGCGCAGCAAGCUCUUUUUUCUUCAGCGGUGUGUUUGUGGGAGUGAUCUCAUUUGGUCAGCUUUCGGAUCGCUUCGGAAGGAAAAAAGUCUAUCUCACAGGAUUUGCCCUUGAUAUCUUAUUCGCUAUUGCAAAUGGGUUUUCCCCCUCGUACGAGUUCUUUGUAAUAACUCGCUUCCUGGUGGGCAUGAUGAAUGGAGGCAUGUCGCUGGUGGCUUUCGUCCUGCUGAACGAAUGUGUGGGCACCGCCUACUGGGCUCUUGCAGGGUCGAUUGGCGGCCUCUUCUUCGCAGUUGGCAUCGCCCAGUACGCCCUGUUGGGGUACUUCAUCCGCUCCUGGAGAACCCUGGCCGUGCUGGUUAACCUGCAGGGAACAGUGGUCUUUCUCUUAUCUCUAUUCAUUCCUGAAUCACCUCGUUGGUUAUACUCCCAGGGUCGCCUGAGUGAGGCGGAAGCUGCUCUGUACCUCAUUGCCAGGAGGAACCGCAAGCUCAAGUGUACAUUCUCACUGACACAUCCCGCCAGCAGGAGCCACAGGGAGACCGGAAGCUUCCUGGACCUGUUCCGAUACCGGGUCCUCUUGGGUCACACGCUGACCCUGAUGUUCAUCUGGUUUGUGUGCAGCUUGGUGUAUUAUGGCCUGACUCUGAGUGCAGGUGACCUAGGAGGAAAUAUUUAUGUCAAUCUGGCCUUGUCUGGCCUCAUAGAGAUUCCAUCUUACCCGCUCUGCAUCUACUUGAUUAACCAGAAAUGGUUUGGUCGGAAGCGGACAUUGGCAACAUUUCUAUGCCUAGGAGGACUGGCUUGUCUUAUUGUAAUGUUUCUUCCAGAAAAGAAAGACACAGGUGUGUUUGCAGUGGUGAACAGCCAUUCGUUGUCUCUGCUGGGGAAGCUGACCAUCAGUGCUGCUUUCAAUGUCGUGUAUAUCUACACCUCUGAGCUUUACCCUACAGUCAUCAGGAAUGUUGGGCUCGGGACUUGUUCCAUGUUCUCCCGAGUUGGUGGGAUUAUCGCUCCCUUCGUCCCCUCACUGAAAUACGUGCAGUGGUCUUUACCCUUCAUUGUCUUUGGAGCCACCGGCCUGACCUCCGGCCUCCUGAGUUUAUUACUGCCAGAAACCCUUAACACUCCAUUGCUGGAGACAGUUUCUGACCUCCAGGUAUAUUCAUAUCGGAGGCUGGGGGAGGAAGCUCUGUCUUUACAGACCUUGGAUCCCUCACAGUCUGCGGACAAGGAGAGUGCUGUCGGGAGUGAGAGUGAGGAAGAGGAAGAAUUUUACGACGCAGAUGAAGAGACUCAGAUGAUUAAGUGAAGAACCCCAGAAUCCUCUUCGGAAGCAGAUCAUCUUUUGUGCCUCUAGCUA